UUUCAUGAGCUAACUUUUUUUCUUUCUUUCAUCACUUUAAACAAAGAAAGGAGAAGUGUAACUGCUCAAUUAUGCUCCCCAGGUCUCAAUAUCUCACUCAAUCUCAUCUCAUUUGGUAAUCCAAACAAACCCAUUUCCACAAUUUCUUGUUUCUCUAGUUCAAUUGAUGAAAUGCAUGCCAAUUUUUUCAGAUUUUUUUUUUGAGUUUUUUUCAUUCAGUAAUUCAUGAAUUAGCUUAAUUGAAAGAUGGGUUCUUGUUUUUGAUUCAUUUAAUUCAUUUUCUACCUGAAAAGUUCAGAUUUUUCUGAGAAUCUUUAAAAAAAAUAAAAAAUCCUGAAAAUUUUGUGAUUUUUUGUUGUUGUUGAUGAUGUUGUCUGAUAUCUGUGGCUCAAGUUUGUUUCUAUCAUUACCAGAUGAUGUAUUUAAUGUUGUGUCUGAUUCAUUAUCUCCAAGAGAUUUAUGUUCAAUCAGUUUAUGUUGUAAGAAUCUGAAAACCCUUGUAUCUUCAGAGAAAGUGUGGUUUUCACAGUGUGAAAGCUUUGAAAUUGUUAAGACCCAAGAUCUUGUUGAAUGGAGAAAUGGCGUUUCAUCUUAUAAAUGUCUGUGUAAGUUUAUGUUCAGUGUACAACCUUUACUUGGUAUUUGGGUUCAUCAAAACCCGGAGCUUGGCAAUGUAGUUUAUGUCAUGCCGGGUUUUUUAUCUGUUGUUGGUUGCCGAAUUCUGCCGCAAGAGCUUGGUCCUUUAGGGCUUGAAGAAGGUCCUCUUUUGUGGGCACCGGUUUUUGAGGUCAUCAGCCAUGAGGAUGGGGGGUUGGCAUUUUUCCUUCAUGGGCAGGAGCGUGAUGGUGAGUACUUUUAUCCCGGUUCACUUAAACCUGUUGAUAGGAGUUGCAAUGUUUUGUUACUUGAGGUUGAGCCGAGAAUGCAAAGUAAUGGGUGUAAGUUUUUGCAUAGCAAGAGCCUUGUGCAUCCUCAUUUGGAUUGGGAGUCUGUGAGACAGAUUCGUAGGUCAGAUGGUGGUGGGUUUAGCAGGUCACAAAGGGUAUCGGGAUCAAACAGUUCUGUAGUUGCAUUUAAUCGGUUGUCAUUUGUUGAUAGACGGAAAUUGCUUGAACUUGUAACUGGUCAAGUAGGUUUGAAGGUUCCUGAUUUAGCUUCUGGUCCAUUGUUUCCUCAACUAAAUGACCGUGAUGGCUUAAAGAAAGAAUUAUUGCUUCUGUCAGAAAGAAGGUUACUGCUCAUGCAAAUGUAUCGGCAUGGCGGAGGUUACGCAGAUUGGCAAACAAUGUCUGGGAUGCCUUCAGACACUAGGGUGGUUACAAGCAAGCUGAAGAAGAGUCUUGAACGCCCAAGUAGUACCGGUGCACUGCUUAAUGGGGAUGAAAUUCAUUUGCACAAUUCAAAGAGGAGAAGUGUUGCUGGUUACUUUAAGGACAGCCUAAAGCAGAUACUUGGCAGAUCUUUUUCGACUGGCGGGCGUGUAAUUUUGAAAAACGGGUCUUCGAGCUCAGAAAGUAAACACACACAGCUUCACGAGUUUCUUAGGUCGGGUGACAUGAUAGGGCUUAGUCUACAUGCUUCAAGUACAAAGCUAUCUACUUACAGAGCAUGGCCAAACAUGCACGAUAACAAAUAUGCCCUCUACAAGUUGCCAACGCGGACCCCGACGUCUGGUCAAGAGUAUGCUGGCUUAUGGGGUGGAACUUUUGGCUGGCCACCUGGGAGACCUAGUGAAGAUAAGCCUGGAAAAGCCUUGUUCUUUCUUUUGCUUUCUUAUGAAGAAUCUGAGGGGCAGCAGCUUCUGAUUGCAACCAAAAUAUUAGAAGGUACCCAUUAUGUUCUUCAUCCAAAUGGUUCGGCAAUGUUUGUUGUGAAGGUCGACGAUCCAUCAACAGAUCCAUUCCCGUUAGACACAGAUGGGAAUUCCUCUACUUUGGACAUCAAACAUGCUUAUACAGGGGAAGGUAUUGCAAAUGGUUAUGGUUUUCGGUAUCCCGGAUCUAAGCCUGGUUCUUUAUUUGUAAUCCAAGAUGGUCUCCUUGCAUUUGUUUGGAAGGAAUCUAGAGCUGUCUUGACCUUGCAGCGGAUCAACCUGCAAGAGCUCUUGAGGAAAGGCGAAAGGGUUCCUGCUUUACCUCCCAUAGUGAACUUCACAUAUCUGACGAAAUCAUACUCGAAUGUAUUCACAAGCUUCUCCAACCCCACAAAUUGCUUAAGCUCAUCAAGGUAACACAGUUCGUUCAUAUGGUAUUCAAGCUUUUGAAGGUUUCCAAUCUAUGCAGCUUCAUUCGCCUUCUUACGAUGAGUUUGUUAUGCUACGAUCAUUCAAGCACCAAAAUGCCUAGUAUUACAAUAUGAAUAAUAAGAGCUGCUGUUGUUCUCUUAUGGGCUGGAGAACCCGAGUGCAUGCUACGAAAAUAGAUGUCAUAUCAAGAUUACUGUGUAAACCACCUACCCAGCAGGAAAAGGGAGAAAACUUAUCGCUUUGUUGGCUUUAGUAAUUUUUAGCUCAGCUUUGUAAUCCAAAGUAUUCAGUUGAAUAUUAUGUUCCUUCUAAUUGUUUAAUUUAUUCUUCUUUGUAAUGCUCUUUCCAAUCAAAUAUUUAUUUUCAGUU